GGUUUCUUGUACCCGGAACCUUUUACAAGUCGGUGUUUCCAGACGGCCGUCGCUUGAGCAAGCACCGAUCUCAUCAUGUCGAGGCACCUUCGCUUCGUUGCUCGGACUGUGAUGGUUGAAAACGGCAACGUUGAUGCCGCAUAUACGGCUUUAAACAGGUUCCUAACUCAGGAGGGGAUUAUUGAUGUCGUGAAGCGCAAGCGCUACUUCGAGAAGCCCUGUCGAGAGCGACAGCGGAAGAACUUUGAGAAUUGUAGGCGGAUCUACCACAUGGAAAUGGCCAGGAAAAUUGCCUUUAUCUCCAAGACGAGCAGAGAGGAUCCCUGGCUUGGCUGCUAGGAAAAUGGAGUGUCAUGACACAGGACUUUAUCGAUGGACUGGUUGAGACGGAACCAGCAAAAUGGAGGAAGCAAACAAUAUCAACACAAUGUCACUGACAUCCAAAUGAACUUGGGAAAUACAGAAAAUAACAGCUUUCGUGAUGUCAUAUUGUUUAACGGUAAAAGAAAAGACCAUGUUGGAAGAUGUGGAUUCAUUUGCUGGUCAACACUUAGUGCUGUUUUCCCCUUUUUUCCCUCUUAAAUUCUGAUUGCAGUCCUUACAUUAGGACAGAAAGAUCCUUGUACUUGUGAGUGGUUGUAAUGAGCAGGUUAAUGAACGCUUGGUUGAUUUUGUGUUUUGAAUCCUCUCACACAGUCUUGCUGAUGAAAAAGCUAAUAAAUAUGACAUUUUCCUAAAA